AUGCCAACUACUCGCAAAAAAGUCAUAAAAACAGUGUACGAAGACGAGGACGACAGUGAAGCUGAAAAAGCUGCCGGUGAUUUCAGCGAUUCGGGUUCCGAAGCUCAAAUAUCUGAACAAUCAAGCUCAGAAGAUGAUAUGGAGCCUGAAGUGUCUUCUGCAGACGAGCUCGACGAAAAAUCAAAGAAGAAACUUGCAAAAUCAAAACCAGUACAAAAAAGAUCAAAGUUUGCAAAGCAAUUUGUAAGCAAAUUAAACAAACAAGUGUCUACAGGCAGCGACAAUGAGGCUGAUGUUGCUCCAGCAUUUUUCUCUGUUAAAGAUCUCACUGAUGCUGAUAAACUUUUACCUCCAGUACUCAAUUUGUCUGAAAGUGACAGCAGUGAAGACGAAUCUCCUAAACCUGUCAAGAAACAAAUCACUGCAGUGCCUAUUAAAUUGGGACAUAAUGAAGACUCUGACAGUGAAACAGAAUCUAGACAAGAGUACAAAGAUGUUUGGUCAUACAAUAUGCCAGACAAUAGCGAAGAGGUUGCCCAGAAAACAUUCAUGGAACUUGAACAUCACAAAGCAAAGAUUGAAGAAACAAAGGCUACUCUACUUAAUUACACAGCAAAGUUUUAUGAUAAAGAAGACCUUGAUGUAAAAGACUUGCUUGCUCAGGGUGAGGAGAAAGCGCCUCACCCACAAGGAAGUGAAAAUAAAAAUAAGAAGUCAAAGAAAGCUAUGAAUGUUAGUGAUUCCGACAUGGAAGAUUGGGAAGAGGUUAAAGAAGCCAAAGGCAUACCUCAGCAAGGUUUGCAGUUAGUGGUAGGAAUCCCUGAUGCGGUUUGCAAAAGAAGUAAAAAAUUAGAUAUAGAAAUGAUGAUGAAAAGGAAGAUCAACAGAGUUAAAAAGGAAAACCAAGUUUAUAUGCAUAAAGUACAUGUUCUAUGCUGGUUGGGCCAUGGCAACUUUGUUAGUCGAGUUUUAAAUGAUCAAGAACUUUUAGCAGCUGCCUUGUCUUUAGUCCCAUCUAAAGAAUGCUAUCCAGAAGUAAAUGAAGAUGUUUCUCCACCUAAGAGAGCGAGAAAGAGCAGAAGUCCAAGACCUAUAUCUACGCAAACUGCAACUAAGCAAGUUGAUAAAAUGGUUGUUGAUUUGCCACAGAAAACAAGUAAUAAGAAAAAGCAUCAAGAAGAACUUGAAAAUUAUUAUAACAGAAGCAGUAGCAGUAUUCAAAAUAAGCAAGUCCGCAAAAGGUCUCCAAGUCUCCGCCAACAAACCUCAACAGAAAUAAAUAUAAAAAAAGAAAUAUCAAAGAGUGAAACUGCAAAAAUGCCAGUGGAAACAAAUAAUAUACCUUCUAUUAGUUCAAGAAAAACACGAAAUGCAAGAAAGGAUAAUAAAAAAGCAGACAAAACUAAAUCAGAACAGAAAGUGAAAGUUACAGAAAAUAAAACGAAUGCACCAGAAAUAAUUGUUACUGAUGAAAACAAAGUCGCAAGUAAAUAUUUUGACAGAGAAACACCACCAGCUAAGAAACUUAGCUUAAGCAGGAAACGAUCACAAACGGCUUUGCCGUCAACUUCACAAAAAACUGAGAUGGAUGCAAAAAAGAAAACCAAAUUACGUACGCGUAGUACACCAGGAAACACUGUCGAGGAAAGUAAAUACUUUAUCAAAAAUGAAGAAAAAUCAACCAGACCUAAAACCACAAGACAGACUAAACAAGAAGUAGCUAAAGAAGAUACACAGCGAGUUAGCCACAAAGAUUUACUUGCAAAAAACAAACCUAAAUCUAAAAACGAUGUAAGAGAAGACUUAAUAGGUAUUAUGAAAUCAAGAGUGAAAGAAGCAUUUCAAAACUCGAAAAGGGGUAAAGUGAAAGGGAAAGUGAAAGAGGAACAUGAUGAAGACAGCGACUAUUUACCUGUAGAAUCACCGAAACACCGAGAUUCGGAGAGCGACGAAGACUUCAAACCAACCAAAAUUAGUCCGAGGCCAAGUACUAGUGGUGGUCGCAAAAUAGAUCGUCGAGUCUUAUCUUCUGAUGAAGAGACUCCGAGCAUUAAAUCUGACAUUUGGUGUGAAAUUUACGUUGAGGAACUAGAACAGUGGAUAUGUGUGGAUGUCAUUAAAGGAAAAGUGCAUUGUAUCAAUGAGAUUUACAAUCGAGCAACGCAUCCUGUGAACUACGUAGUGGGCUGGGAUAACAACAACUACAUAAAAGACCUUACUCGUCGCUACGCACCGCAUUGGAACACGGUAACUCGCAAGCAACGAGUGGAGUCCUCUUGGUGGGAAGUCGCAGUACGCCCCUGGUUGGGCCCUAAAUCCGCAAGAGAUAAGGAAGAAGAUGAACAACUCAAUAGGAUGCAGUUGGAAGCACCCUUACCAAAAAGUAUCGCAGAAUAUAAAAACCACCCCUUGUACGCCUUGAAAAGACACCUACUAAAGUUCGAAGCAAUCUACCCACCCGACGCAGCGACGUUAGGAUUCGUGCGCGGCGAAGCAGUCUACGCACGUGAAUGCGUCUACGUGUGUCGGUCAAGAGACACCUGGCUAAAAGAAGCGAAAGUGGUGCGACUUGGGGAGCAACCUUAUAAGGUCGUAAAGGCCCGACCUAAAUGGGAUAGGCUUUCAAACAAAUUGAUAACGGAUAAGCCUCUGGAAAUAUUCGGGCCGUGGCAAGUGCAAGACUAUGAGCCUCCAGUUGCCGAAAAUGGUAUAGUCCCGCGCAACGCGUACGGCAACGUCGAGCUAUUCAAAGACUGUAUGCUUCCUAAAGGCACUGUUCAUAUUAAAUUACCGGGGCUCAAUAGAGUAGCUAAAAAGCUGAACAUUGACUGCGCGCCAGCCAUGACUGGAUUCGACUUUAACGGCGGAUGGACUCAUCCAGUCUUUGACGGGUUCGUGGUCUGCAAGGAGUACGAGGAAGUCAUUACUGAGGCAUGGCUAAAGGAUCAAGAGGACCAGGAGCGCAGAGAACGAGAGAAAAUAGAAAAUAGAGUCUACGGCAACUGGAAACGAUUGAUAAAAGGUCUCUUUAUACGCGAGCGGUUGAAGAACAAAUAUGGCUUUCAGGAGCCUACGCCCUCCACAUCACAAGAAAAGAAUAAGAAAGGUCCUCGACUGGUCGUUAAAAAGAAGUAAAGUUAUUUUUGUUGUUGUAAGAGCAUCUUUGUACAAGAUAAGUCCUAGACUAGGUUUGGCAACUUUAAGUGCCAUGUGGUGGUUUAAAACCUACGUUAUUGUUUUAAUUAUAAGUUUGCAAGUGUUACCAGUUGUGUUAUUUUCGUUUUAAUUUUUCUACCUCACUGAAAUUAAGUUAAGUGAAAAAAUGGGCCUGUUCCGAAAACGAAGCGAAAUAAUUGUAUUUUAUCCAAUGGAAUUUCAUUAUUUAGACAUUUUUACGCCGUUGCCUCUUUACUCAAAAUAGGUACCGAAAUAUAUGUUAGUAAAACACAACUCUUAGCUACAAUAUAAAUAGAGCCUAUUUUUAAAAGGUUUUGUUGACGAGGACCAUUAUACAGGGUGAAAAAAAUGAAUGCGACAUGAAAUGCCUUAAAAUAGCUAAUUUUCCCUAAAGGAAAUAUUGUUUUAUUUUUCUUAAUAUGAUUAUUAGAGAGCUUUAAAUCGCAAAGAUCUUAGGAGCCGCCACUGCUCUCGUCACCCUGAGACAUAAAUUGACAAGUCCCAUGUGUCUGUAAUUU